AUGCUCGAGCAGUACGUCGAGCCCGCGACGACGGUCGACGCCGCGAUGCGCGCCUACUCGGGCUCCGCGACGGGCUGGGAGAAGGCCUCGGACUACGUGUACGCCCAGCCGUGCCCGCAGGGCCGCCCGGAUCAAGUCGUCGUCGACACCGCCCUGCGCCGCCGCUCGGUCCACCCGCUGCCGCCCACCUUCGCCGCCCAGAUGCUCCACUACCAGUACCGCAGCUACAUGGGCCUCUUCCCGCAGCUCCAGUGCGCCUGGCUCACCGUCGACUCCAACCUCUUCCUCUGGUCCUACGAUCUCGCAGACCCUGCCGCGCCCAGCCGCCCCUCCGACCUCUACGUGUACGAGGGCAUCCACCAGGUCAUCGUCUCGGUUGCCGUCGUCUCGCCCAGGCCCGGCGUCUUUGUCGACUCCGUCAAGUGGCUCGUCGCCGUCGCUACCUCCGCUGACGUCACCCUGCUCGGCGUCGAGUUUUCUCCCGCCGGUGAGAUCAACUUGGUCCCGACGCAUAUUUCUAUCGCCACGGAUAAUAUCCUCAUGCUCAAGAUCGUGUCCACCCCGGACGGCCGCAUUUUCAUGGCCGGCGCCGAUGGCUCCUUGCACGAAUUCGUCUACCAGUCAAACCCUCGCUCGGGCUUCUUCGAUCUCUUGUCUGGUCGCCCUGUCAAGCGCGCCCGUAAGGUCGUCCACUCCAAAUCCUCGCUGGUCGACUACUUUCCGUCCUACCUCAAGACCAUUUUCGCCAAGCGCGACGAGCUGGUCGACAUUGUCGCCGAUGCCAGCCGCGCCGCCUUGUACACGCUUAGUCAAUCCGGUUCGCUAACUGUAUACAACAUUCAAAAUCCCACCUCCACCAUCCAUGUCUGCACCGUCAACGUGGCGCACGAGUCGCGCAACCUCGUUUCCUUCUCUGCCCCGGCGGGCGAGCGGGAGUACGUCUCCCUGCACGUCGUGCCCGCCUCGUGCCUGGUCUCGGUCCACGUCAUCGUCGUCACGUCGUUCGGCGAGCGCAUCUACUUUUCGGCCGCGGCUUCCGCCUCAUCAUCGGCCCAAUCGGCCUCGAGAAUGCGCAAUGAUUUUGCCGCCACGAGGCCAAGGACCCUCACCUGCGUCGGCUGCAGGCCGAGCCCGGAUCGUACCAUUAGCCGAUCAACGCGCCCGUGCGUGCACAACGCCUGGUGCGAGCGAGGCGCCGCCGUCUUCGCCGACCUGCGCCCUGCCAACGUGGACAGGCUCAUCGUCGUGCAUCCUGACUCGCAGUUGGCUACGGCGCUUUCCGAGCCGCGCGGGUCCCGCCCUGGCACUGUGAGGAGCAAAGAGGUGGUCAUGGAAGUGUUGCUGGAUGAGGUUAGUGGGGCGCAGUCUGGAGGUGGCGGGGAAAGGAUGUCGACGCCCUUCGGGUCUCGUCCAGAAAUGGACGGCGGCGGAGGGGACGCGCAAGCUCCUGAAAACCGUACGUUUGCAAUUGCUGACGCGAGCGCAGGGGAUCCGGCGGAUAGGAAUUUGUCGAUGGACCCAGUUCCUUUUGACCCACCGGGGUCGUUUUUGGUUUUGUCGGCGACUGCGUUGUAUGUGUAUGAACGAAUCCCACCAGUGGUUCGGUUGACGGAAAUUUUGGAAGCGGGAGGUGGGGCUGCCUCAGAUAUAGCGUCCUUUUUCGAGAGACACGGAACCGCUGAGGCGUUUGCAAUGUGCCUAGAGAUUGCUGUCACCUCGCCGACGCUUCAACGAGCGGCCGCUUCUGUUUUAUAUACAUAUGGCGAGGGUGGCUCUGGAGACAAGGGUGACGGGCGCAGUGGAGGAUCGAGUGGAAGAAGAUCAGAAGCAGAUUCUCCUUACACCUACUCCGAAGGCAAACACAGGGGUGGGAAUGUUGCUGACUCUUAUUUUGACAUUGGGCGGCCGUCACUGCAGGUUACCCCUCAAUCACGACUGUCUGGCGCCCAUGACGGUGUGAGUCUUUACAUUGCAAAGAUAGUAUACCCAAUCUGGAAUGAAUAUCUCACAUCGGAGCGAAACCCCGACGGCUUCCAAGCGCUUGUGGCACCUCGAGAGGUUCUUGUCAGAGUACGAGAUCAGCUACUGCACAUUGUUUCCUUUUUGGACAGUUAUCCAGCCGAUGCAAUGUUUAGAGAUAGUGGAAGCUUUGAGAGCAACAGGAUAGAAAGGCGCGAUCACUCCGGUGCUAGGAACAGGUUGUCACUAUUGCGACCAAACGACAUGCCAAGGCAGCACGAUCAAGACCGAAUGAACGUCGAUUCUCGUGGAAGGUAUACGACGCGGGAAAACAUGGAGUCUCUGCGACGCAGAUCAUCCUCCAUUGCAGCACUAAAAAAGUUGGCAGGACGGGUUGUAGAGGCACUGGCGUUCCUGCUGAUACUGGAGGACCACCAGCUACACCGACUUGCGGUUUCCCUUUCAAAGGAAAAUCGGGCCUUGCUAGCAAACAUACGUUUCUGCGAGUUUGUCGCCGGCGAUGAGGGCAUGGCUCUUUCUGCAGCACUGGUAGAAGCCAUUUUUGGUGGCUACAGCGACGGGAUGGAGGCUCUAAGCAGGGUGGGCGGAGUCUUACGGGAACGGUGCCCUGGAUAUUUCCAGGCCUCAGAUGUUGAGCUGCACCGUGGCCUUGCACUACUACGCGAGGCAGCUCAACUAGUUUCAGGGAUUCAAGAAGAACGAAGAGCGAGCGAGGAGAUUGCAAGUGGUGGCUGGUCAGGGGAUACAGAUAGGGCUGCUUCUGCUCUAAUUGCAGCUCAAAAUUAUGCAGCAACGGCAGCCAAGGUUCUAAAGAGUGUUCCAGAUCGCAUUUUUGAUGUUGACGCUGUGUGCCAGGAGUUUGAAGCAGCUCAGGCGGUGCCGUCUAUGAUCGAUGUUGCACUCACCGUCGGCAAAUUGGAAGAAUCCCGUGGCAAACACGAGCGCGCUGAUGUGGCAUAUCACGCUAUUCUUCGAGCUAUCGGUCCGUUUGUGAACAUUGGAAACACCGCAGAGGGGAUUAACGAAGAGAAUUGCCUCGUAGAUUAUGAACGGCUUCGAGAAUCCGCAAUGCAAGUGGCACUCAAUGCUGAAUCCGAGACUUUCCUUCGAAAACUAUAUGAGUUCUUGCUCGGGUCGAAGGCUGGAGAAGAAGUCAUUCUUAAUUCAUCAGGAAUAAGCCUGGAAAAGUAUUUGGAGGAAACGAAGAGAUUGGACAUAUUGUGGCGAUAUUGCGCUCAGCACGGGAGGUACUUUGAAGCCGCAGGGGUACUGCUUAAUCUAUCCGAAGCCGGAGACGAUACGAGCCUUAUAGAUCGUGUCAACUUUUUGUCUUGUGCGAUGCAUAAUGCGAAGACGGCUGUAGUGAAAGGAGACAGUCGAGCCGGGGCUCUACUCGCCGAGAUAUCUGAUUUCCUAGACGUGGCAAAAGUGCAAUUGCGAGUGAGGGAGGAGCUGGUGCGUCGCCAUGCUAAAAGCAGAGAAGUAGAAAUCGCACUGGAGGAACUUGACAAUUCAGUAUUUGGGUUGUCAACUCUAUUCAACAAUUAUGCGAGACCAUUCAACUUAUAUGAGGCAUCACUGGAAGCAUUUCGAUGCGGUGUAAAUGUUGGCGAGUUGUAUUUUGUUGGAAGGAAUGGAGUACAGUAG